UUACGUAGAUAACAAAUGCUGAGAAUAAUUAACAAGAAAUUUCGUCACCUUUAUAUUAACGUUCACGAAAAACUAAACGUGAUUUUCUGUAAUGUUUUCUAUCAAUUUUUCCUUUUCACAGGGAAUCCAUUCUUGAACGUCACCCAAUGUUACGGCAUCAACACGCAUCUCCUAGAAAUAGAAUGCCAAAACCACAACGAAGAAGUCGUCCUGAAUUCUUUGAAACUUGGAAGUAAACAGCUCCAAACGAACUGCACGGAAUCGAAAUCGGACACAAACUUCUGUUGUCAAUGGGAUUCCGAGAAUGAUUGUUACUUUGAUUAUGGUCAACCCUUAACUGCGACGGACGAGAAAUUCCGAAAAUGUCACGGAAAAUCCCAAUGCUGGUUUAUUGUAGACUGGGCCUUAAAUAUUGAUAAAUGUCCCACUUCAAGGUUUGGCAUGACCACACAGUACAUGACUGCAGAAUAUCUGUGCGCAAAAAAAAACGACAUCAUGGAAGUAUGUUCUCCGACUGGUCCAGAAAUUAUAUCUCGCCAGGGUAAACCAAUUUAUCUAAAAUCUCCCGGAUACCCUUACCUGAAGAAGGGGGCAUGCAGGUGCAAUAUCCAGACAACAGGUCUUGUAAACCACCGGAUCGAAUUGAAAGCUCUUAAUGCAGAAAUUAAUUACCCACAAUCCUUGUUUGUUUUUGAUGAAUCCGAUACGACAAAUUACCCAAUGAAAAAUAUUACGUAUGAAAUGAAUUUGAAGGGUCUCGAUACAAUCUAUGUAGCGGACGGCACAAAACCUGGCAUCAGUUUAUGGUAUUUACCCCAAAGAGAAUUUGCUUUCUACUUUGUAGUUAAUUCAUCGAUCGAAACAACGAUUAAGGUUUCCUGUUCCCCUUUCAAGCGAGCAGAAUUGUAUUCCAAGAUCGAACGCUCACGUUACCAAUUGAUACAGACAUCGAAGAAUCUAUCAAACUUCGCCAUGUUAUUUAACAUAGAUUUCGUCAAAAUCCUUGUUCCCAUACUAGUGCUGCUUCUCAUUGCUGUAAUGAUCAUCAUACUUAUCGUUUAUCGAUGGAAACGAAAAAGGAAACACAACAUCAAAAAAGUUGCUCCUAAGGCGCACAGCUCAGACGAGAAUAUUUACGAUAACGCCAAACAAGUGCCAGAUGACGUGGAAUCGGUGAACGAUACGACACAAUUCUGCUCCAAGACUUGCCAAACGGAUUUUGACUCACUGUCUGAGAUCGACAAAAAGACGCCCUCUUCUGCUAAUAAUGAGGCAGACAUGAAUAAAUCAACAGAAUUAUCAACGUCAGAUAAUGGGUGUGUUAAUAAAGCUUUUGAAUCAGCGAAUGAUACAGGAAGUGGAGACGCCGCUAUUACAGUUGAAUCGCGAACGGAAAGUUGAAAUGUAUUUAUAUAUAAAUAAAAGAAAUUCGCGUUAAUACAUUCGCGUAUACAUACACACACAA